AAGUAAAAUCAACAUCAAUUAAAUUGCUAAAAUUGAUACCCAUAUUAAGUGGAAUUACAUGACCAAUUUCAAACAUGAUAGUUGUCAAAUAUAGCCUUAAACAAAAUCGGUGCAUCCUUAACUAAAUCAAGAAAGGGUUACACCACUGACCUUCGAUGGUGACUACUUCUUUAACAUCUCCUCCUUCAACCAGAAGGAACCCACAAAAUUCAUCUGCACUCAAACCCUCCAACCACACCCAUUCACAUUCUUCCUCCUUGUAAUCAGUCAUUCUUUAUUGGGUAUCAUCGAUCUUGAUCUCCUUCAAUCCCAAAACCGAAAUGGGUUUGAAGUUUUUCUUAAUCUCCUUCAUUUUGACAUCGGUUAUCUUCACAAUGCUCUACAUAUCCACCCACUUAACUUCAUUCGAUAUGAAGAUACUGAAUCAAUCAUCAACCACAACUCUGAUUAUCCCCAAAUCAAUCAAUGACAGUCGGCCAUAUCCAGUUUCUUUUGCUUACUUGAUCUCUGCUUCAAAAGGGGAUGCCGCUAAGGUGAAACGAACGGUUCAAGCACUCUACCAUCCGGCGAAUUUUUAUCUGAUUCAUUUGGAACGUGAAGCUACGGAAGAUGAACAUGGGGAGAUUGCUAGAUUCGUUAGGGAUGAUCCUGUUUUUCAAAUUGUUGGGAAUGUUUUGGUUGUGGGAAAACCUAAUCGAGUGACGUAUAGAGGACCAACAAUGCUUGCAACCACUCUACAUGCCAUGGCUAUGCUUUUGAGGAUUGAUGCGAAAUGGGAUUGGUUCAUUAACCUCAGUGCUUCUGAUUACCCUUUGGUCACUCAAGAUGAUCUGAUAUCUGCCUUCUCGUCCCUGCCAAGAAAUCUCAAUUUCAUACAGCAUAGCAGUCGAUUGGGAUGGAAAAUGAACAAGAGAGGGAAGCCGAUAAUGAUUGAUCCUGGUCUUUACAGUUCAAAUAAAUCGGAUAUUUGGUGGGUAAUCAAGCAAAGAAGUCUUCCCACUGCUUUCAAGUUGUAUACAGGCUCGGCAUGGACUAUAUUAUCGAGAUCUUUUGCAGAAUACUGCAUAAUCGGUUGGGAAAACUUGCCACGGACUCUCCUGCUUUACUACACGAAUUUUGUUUCGUCCCCCGAAGGAUACUUUCAAACUGUUAUAUGCAACUCAAAGGACUACAAGAACACCACGGUCAACCACGAUCUCCAUUACAUCACCUGGGACACACCUCCAAAACAGCACCCGAGGUUGCUCGGUCCCCGGGACUACCGAAAAAUGGUUCUAAGCAGUCGACCGUUUGCAAGAAAAUUCAAGCACAAGAAUUCGGUUCUUAAUAAGAUUGACCGUGAACUACUCAAACGACAUCCGAGCCAUUUCACCCAUGGGGGUUGGUGUUCCAAGAGCGGCAGCAGGGAUAAAAUGUGCUCGAGUUUGCAUAUCGACGGGUUCGGUGUUUUGAGGCCCGGACCGGGGGCUCGGAGGCUGAGAACGUUGCUAACGAAGUUAACAUCUAAACCAAAUUUCAGUAGACACCAAUGUAAAUGAUUUUGUGUUCGAUGAUGAAUAAAUCGCUUAUAAUUGUUAUUUUUACUCUUUAAGAGGGUUUUUUA